AUGGAUAUGACUCAAGCCAAAAUCGAACAAGUUUCGCGAAGCAUAGAGGUAUUGCAUAUACAUACGAUGGAUGAUGUGUGUCAGAAGGAUGGCAACGUGGCUAGAGAAACCGCCGAACAAACUACCAAUGCGGAUAUGGCGAGAGUCAAUGUUAAAAAAGGUCGAUGGAAAAGUGAGGAGGACAACGAACUUAAAGAGAUCGUCAAACCAAUGUCACGAAUCAUUUCCUGGAAAUUUGUCAGCGAAAAGAUGGGAGGGAGACGCACCGCCAAACAAUGCAGAGAAAGGUGGUGCAAUCACCUUAGCGGUUCAAUCAACAAUACCAGACUUACCGAAGACGAAAAACACGAAAUCCGUCUGCAUCGUGAAAAAGGAUAUACCUACGCCAAGAUAUCCGCCAAGUUAUUGCGACGAACUCCACUGCAAAUAAAGAAUUUCAUUUAUUCAGAGGAAACUCGGCCGAGUCCCAAAGCGCGGGUCAAUAAAAUGGCGAUUGAAAGUUUGUUGUCAAGCCAGAGAACCGACGACCAUCACGCCAACGAUAAGACGGCGAUUGGGAUGUUGCCAGAACAGAGAACCCGCAACGAUCACAUCAACGAUAAGAUGGCAAUUGAGGGUUUACUGUCAGACCAGGAGACUUACCCAACUUAUUAA